CCAACCUUUUCACGUUAUAUUAUGAUGUUGUAGUUACGGUUACUGUUUAUUGGGGCCAACCAAACGAUUGACGAAUGGCUACAAACAUCGACGCAAGAAGAGUUUACUUGCUACUCUUGAAAUGGUAGUUCCGAAUAAAUUACGUUUAUACUACUCCAGACACACCGCCAACACGAAGUAAUGACAGUCGUUUGGGCAGCCAAAUGGCAAACCACAAAGGGGUUUACGAAAGCCUCCAUUAGCGGUGAUGGCAUACGCACUGCCAUAAUGGCAGCUUCGAACAAGCUAUGAUGAUGCUAUUAUGUUCAGGUACUUUAGCAGCAUCGUGCUGUUUUUUGCGAGUUUGGCGCUAUGGACCCUGGUACCAGCAACCGACUCCCUUCCAAUUACGACGGGAACCGGAGUGACAGUUCAGGACCUCCUGGCGACUUCAGACCUCCUUCCUCAGGGCAUUCUAUACUUACAGCCUGAACCGGGUGCUGCGACGCCCACAGCCACGAACCUACCAACAACAGUCCUUACCCUGCAAGGAUGCGGUGGCAAGUUGCCAGAAAGUUGGUCAGCUGGGCCCGACCAACCCGGUCUCUUCUUUGCCGUCCAACCAAAUGCACUCUUUCCGUCCGAAGACCCAAAUCCAGCCUUAUCGUCAAGCUUUAUGAGUGCUCCCGACGCUUCCAACACUCCCAGUGUACCCAGCCCUCCCGGUGCCCCCGACGCGCCUUACACGCUGCUGGACUGCUCGGGGCUGAACGACUUUUCGGUGUCAAAGGUUCCAGUGAUUGACCUAAAGCCAGGUCAGCACCUCACGCUGUCGUCCUUAGCAAUAUCACUGGUAGACCUGUCAGAGCCGCUGGGCCCAGCAGCCAGCAUUGCCGUCACCCGCCUCUCACCCUCUGGCCUCGUCAGCGUGCCCAAAGGGGCUACAUUGAUACUCCAAGACGUGACACUGGUGUUGUCACAGUCUGAUAUGCGGUUUUAUUUGAGCAGCUUCGCCUACAAAGCAAGCGCUUGGCCCUACAGCAUGGCAGUCAACAUCUCACACAGCGUGAUGACGAUUGAUAGGUUGACCACCGUAGCUCUGGCAAUAGACGGCAGCGAGGACCCCGACACUGCAGGCGGCGAAGUGCAGUGGCUGAGGGUCACGCUGAGGGGUGCGUAUGGUCAUCAGAUCGACUCCCCCGUGGCUGCAACAGUCAUUACAGACGCCUGGCAACUACGGCAGUCAGCGCUUGAAGGGACGGUGGGCAUAGUGGAUGGUGGAACAGAGUUCCUGUCGCUUGCAGUUGACAUCUUAAUUCCCAGCUUUGGUUGGGAGCAGGUCCCUCUGGAUGAUGGGACGCUGCGGGUCCUGCUGGGGAAUCCCGCCCAGAGAACAACCCUGGAUUUCUCAGGCAUGGAAGGCGCCUGGCACUCGGACAGCUACGUAAACAGCUACUGUGGCUCUGGUGUUUGUACACUGGCAGUGCUUUCCGAUUUGACGCUCAUUGGUUUGCCGUACACUGUACGACCAACAACGCUGAGCAGCCUCCUGGCGCUUAGCAUGCAAGGCUUUGGGAUCAACAGAACUCUGCCGGAUUCAGGUCCUCCCCAGCUGGUCCUCAAGCGCUGUACAAUUGUCGUACCGGAUCAGGAGGUUGCCUUCCUGGAGCGAGCAGUGCUGCUGGGGAGCAAUAAUGAGACCACUGGACCUUCCCCGAAGGAUCUGUCAUCUUUGUUCACCAUAUUCGACGUGCAGGUUGAGGUCCCAUCGAAUGCGUCUGGAGCCUACCCGGGGGGCCAGCUGCUGGUGACCCGGCUCCGGAUCGGGAACCAGGUUUCCCUGAAUAACUGCACCCUUCUAUCUGUCAGCCGCUACUCAGCUUUGCCGGACGUCCGGCCGCUGCAGUACACCUCAGAGUAUAUGCCGUUUCUGUGGCUGCCUGAGGCGCUGCAUUGGGAUGUGAACGUGGCAGCGCAAUGGGGCCCGCUAGGGAUUACCCUCGCUCAGGGUUUGCAGGAUGCUCUGGUCAACCUCAACUCAACAUGCGGGCCACUCCCAGAGAAAUCUCCAGUCACAAUCAUUACGGAGCUAGACGACCAAAGCGUCCCAUCACUGGCGCCUCUGGAUGUGGGGGGUGAUAGCACAGUUCAGAUCUCAUGUGGCCGACUGCAAGCUUCAGCUGAUGCGUGUGUUGUGGGUGGCUAUCCACAGGAAAUAAGGAGGAAUCGCACCUUUGUCAACCUCAAGGGCGCCAUCGGCCGUGUUGAGCUGCAGCGGCCCAUCACGCUCCGGAACCUGGUGCUGUACAACCUGGCUCCGGGCGGCAUGUACCCGCUGGGGGCAAGCUGCAGCGGGGGUAGUAGCAGCAUAGACGGUAACGACAGCAACAGCAGUGGUGGCAGCAAUGACAGCGGUGACGGCAGCAGCAGCGGUAGCAAUGACUAUACUAGCAUCAUUUUUAGUGCUGGUGUCAGCAGUGAUAGCAGCAGCAAUGCAAGCAGUGAUGGCACCAGCAGCAGCGCCAACAGUGGCGGUGACAGCAGCGUCAGCGGUGACAGCAGCGUCAGCGGUGACAGCAGCGUCAGCGGUGACAGCAGCGUCAGCGUUGACAGUAGCAGUGAUGAUUCAGAUGGCAAUGGCAGCAGUAAUGGCAGUACUGAUAGCAGCAGUGGAAGCAGUCAGCAAGGAUUGCCACUAGAGGACCUAGGAGCGGCUCCUCAGCUGGCGGGCGCAGAUGCCGCUUGGACCAACAGCUCCCUGCCGCUGUGGUUCUUCCGGAUGGCUAGGGAGCCCGCCGGCGCCACCUCUGACACGCAACAGCAGCAGCCACUGCUGGUGCUUGAAAACGUUACCCUUGUCAUACCGGAGGUCGAGUGGCGAGCAAUUGUGGCUGCCGUACUGAUUCUGCGACCUGUUCCCUCUUCGGUUGUAUCCGAGGACCAACCCGAGGCCCCACCUGGGGGGCUAUACGGGGGCCUUCCCCCUGAGCAGCCUGGGGGGCUAUACGGGGGCCUUCCCCCUGAGCAGCCUGGGGGGCUAUACGGGGGCAUUCCCCCUGAGCAGCCUGGGGUGCCGUAUGGGGGCCAGUACGGGGGGCUCUUGGGAGACCUACCUGCUGGGGUGCUGUACGGCGGCCUGCCGUCGGUCAAACCAGGUGUACAGACUCCAGAGCUGACACGGCGGCAGCUGAGGCAAAACCAGCAGCAGCAGCCGUUAGUGGAGUCACCACCACCGGCAGCCGAGGCGCCUGCUCCUCUACCAUCUAACUUGGCCUUGGACCAGACACCAGAUGCCGGAGUAGUGGCGACAACACUGAGACGGCUAUCCGCCUCAACCCUUCCGCCCAUAUACUUUUCGUUCCCACCUUCAGCACCACCAUUGCAGUCCCCACCGGAGCAGGCCUCCAUGCAGUCACCUGUACCACCCCUGCCGUCAUCACCACUAGUCACGCCACCUCUGCCACCGCCACCGCAGUGGCAGCCAUCAGCUUAUACGAAUGCCACGCGUGCAGCACUGUUGGCCUUUGCCGCUGCGUCACAGUUGGACUCGUACAACUACGUGGAUGGCGAGCUGGUCCUGAGAGCUACAAGGCACUACGGCUGGGUUGGAAUCAACAUAACGAUUACGUACAAAUUGCCCACUGAUGACGCUCCGAGCAGUGCAUGUCUGUUGAAAUACCCGACAUUCGUACUGCCGUACCAGGACCUUGCAGGCAUGGACAUCGCCGUCUAUCAGCCAGUCAUGAUGCCAUUUGCGCCAUUUUGGCCGGGUGAUGGUGGAAUACCUGACCCCCAAGGCAACGGGAUCAACGGGCCGCCACCUCCCGCGUACCCGGUGGCAGACGAUCCUCUUCCCGUGUACGAGGUUUUUGCACCCCCUCCCUAUUAUGCUGCCUACUCCCCUCCACGCUAUCCGCCCAGCUACACAUAUCGAGACCCACUUCCUCCUCCGCUUCAACUACAGUCAAGACUACCACCAAACGCACCACCUCAGCUUCCGCAACCACCACCUGCCACACCCUCCAGCGGCAGCAGCAACUCCAGGCCUGCCUGGCUGGUGCCGGUCGUAAGCUCGCUAGCGGCCUUAGGCACCGCUCUCCUACUUUCUCUCUUCUUGGCAGCUGUGCUGCUAUUCGGCAAAAGGCGCAAGCGUGCUGCUUCCGCUGCUGCUUUUUCUCCUGCCAAGCUCCUAGCAGCAGCCAGAAGGCGCAGAAGAAGACCUGCGGCGGGGUCUUCUGCUGCUCCCUCCAUCUCUAUCGUUUGUACCUCAGACCCUUUAGUACCGGGCGACGACGGCAGGGAGGCGGCGAUGGUCAACGGAAACACACCGUCGGUACGUGUCUUUGCCUCUACUGGUGAUGCGAGUCCGUGCAACAAUGGCAGCCGUGGCGACCAUGGCAACACUGCGCAUGGCUCGGGCAGGGCAAGCAGGGAGGACAAUGCUGUCGCUGGUCAAGCCGACUGGAGGGCCGGCGAGACACCUACAUCCGCAAUGGUGGUAGUAACAAAAUCCGCAAUUGCGGCAAUAGCAGCAGCAACUGGGCAUACGCGGAAUUUGUUGGAGAGCCGGAAGCCUGAAAGCGCCCAAGCAUCAGGAGGCGCCUUGAGUCUCCUGGAGGCCAACCGUUUGGCAGUCAGUCGGGUGCUGAUGGCGGCAACGGCGGAAAUAGCAGCCGCUGAGCAGCAACAUUCGCACUUGAGGGGAGGGGCUCAGCAGCGGCAACAGCCAGUGCACAGCGCCGAGAAACUUGGUACUGUCGACGGUGCGUGCCGUCUGAAAGGCGAAUGGAUGGAUCACGGCACAGGUGGCUUGCAGAAGUUACGAGCUCCGUCAGGAGUCUCCGGUCGUGAUGAGGCAUCGCUGUUGGGCUGCAUGAACAGUGAUGCUUGCCUCAAAGAAUUGCUGACGUACUAUACCGCGAUACACAGCACUGCCGAUCAUGGCACUGCUGGAGAAGUGGGUUUGCAGCAGCAACAGCUGCCGGUAUGGCAACAGCUGCGCUCGGAGCAGCAGCACGGACGAAGCCCCCUGAGAUGCAGUUACGAGGAGGUGCAGUCCGAGACCUGUCUUGCCCAAACCUUGGCAGAGCCAAGAGGUGAUGACAACCCUGCUGAGCAGCCGGGCCCGCUACCGACGGUACAAGAUGCGAUAGCUUCCAUCCGGGCAGAGCUGCGUGAUCCCCAGUUCCAGGUGCACUCCCUGUUGGGGCGAGGGACCAACAGUGCGGUGUACCGCGGCGCAUGGAGGGGGCUGCCAGUGGCAAUAAAGACCCUCGUGGUGUCUGACAGCACGCAAGGCCAGGAGGGCCGCUCAAAGCUCCAAGCAGUGUUCGAGGCAGCGAUUUCCUUGAGUCUGGCACACCCUAACGUCGUAGCGACGUAUACCUACGACAUGAAACCACUAGUGGGCAAACCAUGGCAACCGGCGGCGAACUUGCUGGCAGGAAGCACUAUGGCAGGGGCCGUGACGGCUGAGGCUCCUGGGGUCCGUCCGACCGUCCACCUCUCGGGGUCUAACAGCCAGGACAACGGAGCAGCAGAUGCGUACAAGCUGUACAUCGUGCAGGAGUUCUGCAAUGCGGGCACGCUGCGCCAAGCACUUGAUCACGGUGUGGCUGGCAGCGUCCGUGCUGGUGGGCUGCUCCGGGUGCUUGCACUGCGGCUGGCUUUGGACGUGGCACAGGGCAUGCGGCAUAUACACGGCUGCCGCAUUGUGCAUGGAGACCUGAAGCCAGACAAUGUGCUGCUAGUACAUGGGCCUCGAGCUGUAGAUUUGGCAGCAGGGCCCAGGUCAGCACAAGAACUGGCGCAGCUGCAUCAUGGUGAGGUGGAUGCGGACGUUGCGGAAUCAGGGGUAGCUGCAGUGUCGGGCGCAGCUGCAGUGUCGGGCGCAGCUGCAGUGUCGGGCGCAGCUGCAGUGUCGGGCGCAGCUGCAGUGUCGGGUGCAGCUGCAGUGUCGGGUGCAGCUGCAGUGUCGGGUGCAGCUGCAGUGUCGGGUGCAGCUGCAGUGUCGGGCGCAGCUGCAGUGUCGGGCGCAGCUGCAGUGUCGGGCGCAGCUGCAGUGUCGGGCGCAGCUGCAGUGUCGGGUGCAGCUGCAGUGUCGGGCGCAGCUGCAGUGUCGGGCGCAGCUGCAGUGUCGGGUGUGGCGGACAUGCUUGAGGCCCUGGAGUUCGAUGUUGCUGCCGCGGCGGGGAGUGGGGCAAUUGCCGAACUUCAGCUGACGGCCAAGGUGGCGGAUUUUGGGCUCAGCCUGCCGCUGCCCGAGGGAGCCACGCACGCCUCGCAGCGCUUCCAGGGAACUCCCGCCUACAUGGCGCCGGAGGUGGCGGCCGGCGGCCACCUGUCCCCUCGUGCGGACGUUUGGUCGUUCGGGCUGCUGCUGUUGGAGCUCUACUACGGCUGCACAGUUGCUGAUAUGGCUGCCCUGCAGCAGUGCAGUGGCGGAGAUUCAAAUGGCGGAUCAUCAGGACACAGCAAUGCCCCAAUUGAGCUCCGUUCUUACUUCCCAGUCCUGAUUGAGGACAUGGAGGCAUCCGCACAAGUGCUGUACGCAUCGCUGGUCGCGGCAUGCCUGGCGUCCGACUCAGCGGUCCGACCGAAUUUUGGGGACAUUGUCGUGCAGUUGGGAAAAGUACUAGAUGAAAUGGAUACCUGAAGAGAAAGUGAAGAGGUGCUGGAAGCCGAAAACUGGGAUGAUUGUCUGGACGGUAACGGAUGCCGCAACAUCGGACGAGCUCAAGAAACUUGCGAGACUGCAUCCUGCUAUCACAGUAUUCAUCGUCGAUAUCCAUACUGCAGCACGCAUUCGGAGGGGGGCUCUACUGCAAGGACUGUGCAUGGUGGGAUAGAGCCAUGGCAGUGGUUGUAUACAUGCAUGCUACUGCUCGCCAUUAGCUUAGUCAUAUCAAUUUGAGGAAUAGACACCUAACUAGCUUUCUGCGCGUAGUUUGGCCAUGCGAGGCGCUUCAACAGACGUUCUUGUUCAACGAACGUGAACCAACACACUACUACACCGGAAUUUGUGGGGGGUGUCCAAGAAGCUUGCAGGUCAUUGCUGCAUGCUGACACAUGCUCCCUACAGUUAAUGUAGGAUGUUUUCACACAUACGCUGAAGACUGCUUUUAAGUGUGCUGGUGGUACGAGGUGCGCUGUUGCAUUUCAUAGUUACUGCGUGUGUCCAUGGUCUUGGUUGGCUACUGUUUCGCUUUGGACGGUGCCGCGCAUGAAUGGGCAAGUAAACUGCUAUCUUGUCUGUUUGGGGAGGUAAGAGCCCCUGCUCGGUCAUUCCGUGACGAUGCGCCUUCAUUGCUUAGCUACCUCUUACUGUUUAAGGAUUGAUCAUUUGUUCCCAAACCGGAAGGAUUGUAUCUAGCCGGGGACUGAUCGACACUGUUGAUGAGUGCUACGUGCAUGUGUGUCGUUUAAUUGUCUGGGCUGAGACGGUUUCGGUGUUAUGCAAGCCUUACGUGCGGGGAGGUAUAAGGAGAGUUCUGGUUGGGUCAAUUUUCGUUGAUGGCGUUGUGCGGGACCUUCUGGUACAGUCUAGCUGUGGCCCACAUACCUUUUGACAUUGAAGCUGUCCCCCGUUUCCUUGGCCGUGCCAUUUAAUGUCAUCUCGUCCACAGUUUUGCACACGUUCUUACACCAUACAACCCAUCAUGUAACCAUGUUCCAC